AUGAAGAAACUGAACCAUAACAAUCUAGUGUCAUUGAUCGAGGUCUUGGACGAUCCGACAGAGGACUCGUUGUACAUGGUGAUGGAAAUGUGCAAGAAGGGUGUUGUCAUGAAGGUCGGACUGGAAGAGAAAGCAGAUCCGUAUGACGACGAGCAAUGUCGAUGUUGGUUCCGUGAUCUGAUCUUGGGAAUCGAGUAUCUGCAUUCACAGGGGAUUGUCCACCGAGAUAUAAAACCAGACAACUGUCUGGUGACCAAUGACGACAUUUUGAAAGUGGUCGAUUUCGGCGUGUCGGAGAUGUUCGAAAAAGAUUCAAAUAUGUUCACUGGCAAGUCAGCAGGGUCACCAGCAUUUCUCCCGCCAGAGCUGUGCGUGGUCAAACAUGGCGAUGUAUCCGGAAGAGCGACGGAUAUCUGGUCCAUGGGGGUAACUCUAUAUUGUCUGCGGUAUGGAAGGCUGCCAUUUGAGAAGCAGAGCAUCUUCGAGCUGUAUGAUAGUAUCAGGGGAGAUCUUCUGGCCUACGAAGAAGAGUCAGAUGAAGUAUUCAAAGAUCUGAUAGGACGGAUCCUCGAAAAGGACCCAGAGAAACGAAUCGACAUGUUUGGUUUACGAGAACACCCCUGGGUAACAAAGCAUGGGGCUGAUCCUUUGCUGUCAUUUGAGGAGAACACGUCGCAAAUCAUCGAGCCACCGACAGAGGAGGAGAUGAACUCGGCCAUUACAACUAACAUGGGACACCUUAUGACCGUGAUGAAAGCCGUCAAAAAAUUCAAGCGACUAACAGAUCCUUCCAAAGCACAAUCCCCCAUUCAAAGUACGUUUGGUAAGAGCAUCCUGGGUGGAGACCACGAUGCCUAUCUUGUCGAGCCACCAAUGGAAAUGGACCCAGACGAACCCUUCCCAGCAGUGGGAUCGGCUCCACAAACACAUGACGCCUAUGGCUUGCACGCAGGUCUACGCAAGGGUUUUGGCCGGCGCCCUUUUGCCGCAUUCCGAGACGAUUCCGGAGCCCUCGGGUCUAGUGAUUCAGCCAGCUUUUCAUCUCGGCCGGAGUACAGCCCGAGCAACAGCAAAAAACCCAGCGGUGUGUUCGAGCCCGAGCGAAAAGUCUCCGGCUGCAUCCGCAGCGGGGGCUCCCCGGCUCAACCGGAUAUCGGCCACGAAGCUCAACCCCACUCUCAAUCGGCAUCACCCCAUAUCCCCCUCUCGCGAGCAAGCUCAGGUAGAACCAAGCGCAGCCUGGAGGGGACGAGAGGCCAUGCCCGUGAUCCGCUGGAGGAGGAGUUUCCCUACCUUUUUAUUGGUCCAUCUACAUACACCGGCUCCUCGCAGCAGGAACCCAUGGAGAGUAGUGAUGAGCCAACGCCUAUGUUCCAAGGGCCAGAACAUUCUGACCGGAUUGAGGAUGAUGAGCUUGUGCAGUUCGUUAGUGAAUCGCCCGGGGCUGCAGAUUUCAAUAUCUACGAGACGGCGUACAUGAAGGAACUCGAUCGCAUCAAGCGCAACCAGAGAGACCGCGAUACCGGCCCGAAGGUGUAUCUGACUCGGCUUGUCGAGAAAAAAAGCGCUGAAAUGACGAAACUGGCCAAAGAGAAGGAGUUGGAUCUUCAAAUUGGGAAUCAAUUCACUCCUCCUUCUCUGUCGAGAGCACCCUCAGGCUUCGGGUCUGCGGUUAAUGCACUGCUCUCACAGAUGCUGCAGAAAAGACAGGCUGAGGAGUCGGAGGAGCAGGGUGAUGAUGCAUGUAAAGAUCAGAACCACGAACCUCACCCCCACCCUCCCAAACGCCUGUCACUUUCAACCCAACCUAUACCAGAGCCUGAACAGUCUUCUUUGGAGGCGACCGGUGUGUCGUCUCCGGUGGGAAGCGGUGAUUCCAAGGCCCAGCUGCAGCGAAUUCUUGAUCGAGUUCGUGGAAAAUCUGAUAGUGCGAAGUGA